AUGACCAGAGUCCCUGAUCACCUGUGUGAACAUGCCAUAGUCCUGCAGCAGGGAUGCUUGAGGACUGCAGAUGUGCCCAGAGAAAUACACUGCAGUGUCCCUAAUGAGGUGGAUCUGCAGAGGAAAACCACUCAGGAUAAGCUUGGCCUGAAGUUAUGUUACAAGACGGAUGACGAGAAGUCUGCCAUUUAUAUUAACGAGAUUGAUCCAGAAGGAAUUGCUGCAAAAGAUGGCAGAGUUCAGGAAGGAGACCAAAUUAUCCAGAUCAAUGGAAUGGACAGCCAGAGCCAUGAGGCGGCAGUGACACUUCUGACCAAGGUGGAGAGUAAGAAUGUGACCCUUCUAGUGGCUCGACCAGAAAGUCAGGAUGUUGGCUGGUUGGAGGAGGAUAGAUACAACUUAGAUGACUUGCACAUGGGCACACUGGAGCAGCAACAUCACAAGGUCAAGGAGUUCACUGCAAGUAUGCUGCAGCAGAGCACAAAUGAAGAAGAUGGAGGAACUACAGAUACGGCUACUUUACUAUCCAACCAGCAUGAGAAAGACAGCGGUGUAGGCCGCACAGAUGAAAGCACUCGGAAUGAUGAAAGCUCAGAGCAGGACAUCUUGGGGGAUGACCAGAAUUCCCUCUGUGACACUCUCCCAGAAAACCACAAGAAGUACAACAAUAAUCCGGACACUGUUGAAAGUGGGGACAUGCACUUAAGUAAUGACUCCUUCCUUUCAGUUGACAAUGGAGACAGUGGAAACUUCCUUGGUAUACCUGGCACGGCAUGUGAACGUUUCCGGAAACUGCUUGAACUGAAAUCUCUGGUGAAUGGUAACAGUCUUCAGGGAUUUCUGGAGCAUGAUGCCACACUAUUUGGAAAGCGGGUUAGUGUAGACUGUGAUGAUCAAGAGAUUCAGAUGCUUAAUGAGGAGUUACUGAACAUUGAGCUUGAGUGCCUGAGUAUCAUACAAGCACACAGGCUUCAGGCCGAAGUUGGUGAUCUGCAAGCCAAAAAUCCUAGUACCGAGCACUUUAUUGAGCAAGUCCAUCAGGACCUCAUCAAUAACCACGUGGACAAUGAAGGCUCUACUAGUGCUUACAACACUGGAGAGAGCUGCUGGAGCUUACAUCCUGCUCUGGAGUCAGAUUCUCCUGACUCCCAAAGGAUGGUUGCUGGAGACAAGGGUAAAGGUUCUCCCAUGCAUAGACGCAACUCAACAGCAGGAUGCUCCAAACAUCACCUCUCUCCCAUUCAAGAGAUCAGCCCCACCAAGAGUUUACCUGGAGAUCCAGAGGUCAUAAAUCAGGGGAAAAGAAAGCAGAGUAAGAAAAAGAACCCAAGGAAGAGUCUUUUGAUUUCCUUGCGUCAUUCCUCAUACAAGAACGCCUACAUCCCAGCUCAUGCACAACAUUAUCAAAGCUACAUGCAACUUAUCCAGCAGAAGUCAGCUGUAGAAUAUGCCCAGAGUCAAGUCAGCUUAGCCAGCCUGUGCAAGAAUGCAGAAACCACCCCCACUGAGUCCAGGCCCAAGAUGGGGUGGAAGGUAAAGAUCUGUAGCGAUGGAACAAGAUACAUCACCAAAAGGCCUAUCAGGGACCAGCUUCUGAAGGAGCGAGCUUUGCGCAUUCGAGAAGAACGCUGCAGCGCAACUACAGAUGACGAUGCAGCAAGCGAACUAAAACUGGGUCGAUACUGGAACAAGGAGGAGCGCAAACAGCAUGCAGCACGAGCCAAAGAACAGCGUCAGAGGCGGGAACUCAUGAAGCAGUGUUGCAUAGAGAGCAAAGAACAAGCAGGAGCAAUGGACAACAAGGAGCCUGAUAUUAUCCAGCUUAGCCGUAAAAAGAUGAUGAAGAGGAGGAACAAGAAGAUAUUUGACAACUGGAUGACCAUUCAGGAGCUGCUGACACAUGGCACAAUGUCCACAGACGAUAAAAGACUAUAUAAUUCCUUUCUUUCUGUGACUACAGUAUAAGGGAUUGCUUGGUUUAGGGCACUUUACUAGUUUACUGUGUAAAACUGUGUGAGGGUUGGUGUGGAAAAUCUAGCCUCAUUUAAGGAGGUGGGUCAUUCAUGGACUUAAGUAUGAAAAUUUACAGAGAUUUGUGAGACACAACAGUUGGAGUACAUAACAUUGAUGAUGAAUUCAAACAAACUACAGAUUUCACAUCUUAAUACUUUAUAGAACUUGAGGGUGCACUAACAUUGCAGUUUGUACUGAAAUAUUUUAUUGAGCAACUCAUAUUUUAAUGUAAGAGCAGAUGGAAAUUUAUUUUAUGUGAAAUUCUAGCUCUUAUUUGCAGUUACUGCCCAUUACUUGCAUAUCACCCACUUAUUAAAUGUAAUCACUAACAGUUUUAGGUUUCACUUAAAC